AGGGACAAAAUCUGUCCAGUCAGCUCCCCGCUCUGUAUAAAAAGGCGCUGACCGAUCCUGUCCUAUCUCCACAAACUGAGCUCUGGCAGUUUGUGAAGGAGACACUGAGAUGACAAUGGCAUCUACUUUCCUACUCACUUUGUGCCUUGGCAUGCUGGCAACGUGCCUCGCUGCCCCUACAAAUACCGUCCGCUGGUGUGUGAAGUCUGACCUAGAACUGAAAAAAUGCAAUGAUUUAAGCAAGACCUGUGGCACUGAGAAGACUUCCUUGUCCUGCAUCCAUAAAGCCAGCACCGACGACUGUUUCAAGGCCAUUGCUGAUGGAUCUGCAGAUGCAAUCACUUUGGAUAGUGGAGAUAUUUACAGGGGUUCUCUAAUUCCAUACAACCUGAAGCCGAUUUUGGCAGAAAACUAUGGCACUGAAAAAGAGAAAGAUACAUGCUAUUAUGCAGUUGCUCUUGUGUCAAAGUCAAGUUCAUUUAUGUUUAAUGAGCUUAAAGGCAAGACAUCUUGUCACACAGCUGUUGGGAGGUCAGCAGGCUGGAAUAUUCCAAUUGGACAGCUACUUAAGACAGGCCAAAUACAAUGGGAAGGACCAGAAGAUCAAAGUAUUGAGAAAGCUGUUGCAGGGUUUUUCGCAGCUAGUUGUGCCCCAGGUGCCAAAGAAGAAAAACUGUGCAGACAGUGUCCAGUACAAGGAAAGGACAAGAGGUGUAAGAAAACUCAAAGUGAGAUAUAUUAUGGCUACGCUGGUGCUACUAGAUGUUUGAAAGAUGGAAAGGGAGACGUGGCUUUCGUGAAUCACAUUAUUCCAGAGGAAUUACAUAAGGAUUACGAGCUGCUGUGCCUAGACAAUACCAGGAGAUCAAUCAGCGAUUAUGAAAAAUGUUUUUGGGGAAGAAUCCCGGGUCAUGCUGUGGUGACCGGUCAAGAUGAGAGCAAGAUUCAAGCUAUUACUGAAUUCCUCACGCAGGCUCAGACCAAACAAGACUGCAAACUGUUUUCUUCCCCUCACGGGGACAAUCUAAUGUUCAAAAACUCAGCAACGUCCCUCAUUCCCCUCCCAGCUAAGAUGGAUGCCUCUUUAUAUUUGGGAAAAGAUCUUUAUGAUUCCAUGAAAGCACUGCACAAAGAGAUAGAAGAGCCAUCUGAAGAAAAGAUCCGCUGGUGCACACAGACCAAAGAGGAGAAGUCAAAAUGCGACACCUGGAGUAUUUCAAGUGCAGGAGCCAUUGAAUGUGUGGAGGCUUCCCUUGCAGAAGAAUGUAUUACAAAGAUUGCGAAAGGAGAGGCUGAUGCAGCUACAUUUGACGGAGGAUACCUGUAUACAGCAGGGGCAUGCGGGCUGGUUCCAGCAAUGGGAGAGAUUUAUGAUGCUAAUGAGUGCAAAGGAACAGGAUCAACACCAGGCUCAUAUUUCGCUGUUGCCAUUGCAAAGGCAAGCGAUCAGAACAUCUCAAUGAAGAAUCUUAAAGGUAAAAAAUCAUGUCACACAGCCGUUGGACGCACCGCUGGAUGGAAUAUACCUUUUGCUCUUGUCCAUAGCGAAACUGAAACUUGUGAUCUGUCAACUUUCUUUAAAGAGAGCUGUGCACCUGGUGCUGAUGUUAACUCAAACCUCUGCAAAUUGUGUGCUGGUGACCCACAGAAACCACUGGAUGACUCAAAAUGUUUGGCAAAUAACAAAGAACUGUACUAUGGCUACCAUGGAGCAUUCAGGUGCCUUGUUGAGAAAGGAGAUGUUGCUUUUGUGAAGGACGCGACUGCCUUUGAGGUCUUUAAUGAUAAUCCUGAAUGGCUGAAGAAUAUGAAGAAAGAGGAUUUCCGUCUACUAUGUAGAGAUGGCACUAGCAGACCCUUGUCGGACUAUAACAAGUGCAACCUUGCUCAAGUUCCCGCUCAUGCUGUUGCUACUACACCAAGCAGAAAAGACGUGGUUGUAAGAAUUCUUAAAGAACAGCAGAUUACAUUUGGAAAGAACAACAACCAGUCCCAGUUCAGCAUGUUUAAGUCUUCAGGAAGGAGAGAUCAGCUCUUCAAGGAUUCUACAGAAUGCUUACGUGAAAUUAAAGUGGCGACAAUGAAUGAGUUCCUUGGAAAGGAGUACUCCGAAGUUAUGUCUUCACUUAGCAAAUGUACACAAUCAGAACUGCAAGCAGCUUGCACCUUUCAUACCUGCAAGAUCUAAAAGAUUUAGUCCUGGUCGAAUAUUGUCACCUAUAUUCCUACUCAUUUAUUGCCUUGUUACUCACGUUAAAAAAAUGAAUGUCCUUCCUUCACACAUUUGUCACAUGCCUGUCAUCUUACAAUAAAUAGAGUGAGAUUUUAUUUUA